UUCAAGUUUAGCAUCAUUCCACACCUUCUUCAUUAAGAAAUAUCACUCACCACACUAACUCAUUCAUUCCCCUACAUAUUUCCAAGAACCAUUGCCAAAUCUCAAACAAACCACAACAAGACAUUUUUCCCCUAUAUUCACUAGUAGCAAGAUUGUUCUAAUUCGAUUCAGCCCUAAGUCGAUUCGAUUUGUGCUAGUAUGAUUGUUGAUUGGGGGCCAGUGGUAGUGGCUGUGGCGAUGUUCAUCCUUCUAUCUCCGGGGCUGCUCUUCCAGCUACCGGCGAGAACGAGGGUGAUCGAGUUCGGCAACAUGUACACUAGUGGAAUCUCCAUCUUGAUUCAUGCCAUCUUGUAUUUUUGUAUCUACACUAUUGUGGUUGUUGCAAUUGGAGUUCAUAUACAUGCUGGCUGACAAUUUUACUCUCUUAAGUUUAUUUCUAUGUAGUUUCAUGUUUUCCUCUUCUCUUUUGGGGAUGGGUAUAGUAUACCAUGAGAAUUCUUGAUGUUGUUGAUCAAAGAAUGGAGAGCAACCAAGGAUUUUUACAUUUUUCCAAUGAUGGAUGUUAUUGUUAUGUAAUUUCUAGCAUCAUUAAGGUUGCUAAUGAUAAUUGACCUUCUAUUUCAACAUCAUAAA